GCACCCGGGGCCGGGGCUGUGCAAAGCAGCUGGAAGCUUGCAGUGUAACCCCUUCGCUCGGUCCGUGUGCCCUGGUCAUCUGGGGAAAGACGCAAAGAGCCGGAACCUGGAUCAGCUCUUGGUUCUUGAUCAACACACUAGUUACUGCUUGGACUUCGCAAACAUAAAUUCCUGAGCUGGCUGAUCUCUCCAGCCAGCUCCCCACCAUGGAUCAGGACUACGAGAGACGUCUCCUACGCCAAAUCAACAUACAGAAUGAGAACACAAUGCCUUGUGUAGCAGAGAUGAGAAGAACCUUGACACCUUCCAAUUCUCCAAUGUCUUCUCCUAGUAAGCAUGGUGACAGAUUCAUUCCCUCAAGAGCUGGGGCCAACUGGAGCAUCAACUUCCACAGAAUAAAUGAAAAUGAAAAAUCACCAAGCCAAAACAGAAAAGCAAAGGAUGCUACAUCAGACACUGGCAAAGAUGGCCUUGCCUACUCUGCCUUGCUGAAGAAUGAACUCUUGGGAGCCGGGAUUGAGAAGGUGCAGGACCCACAGACAGAGGACAGGAGGCUGCAGCCAUCCACCCCAGAGAAGAAAUCUCUGUUCACUUACUCGCUCAGCACAAAACGCUCCAGUCCAGAUGAUGGCAAUGAGGUCUCACCCUAUUCCCUGUCUCCUGUCAGCAACAAAAGUCAGAAACUACUAAGGUCACCUCGAAAACCAACUCGGAAAAUCUCCAAGAUUCCUUUCAAAGUGCUGGAUGCCCCAGAGCUGCAGGAUGAUUUCUACCUGAACCUGGUCGACUGGUCCUCUCUUAACGUCCUCAGCGUUGGCCUUGGGACUUGUGUUUACCUGUGGAGUGCUUGUACAAGUCAGGUGACCCGGCUGUGUGACCUCUCUGUGGAGGGCGAUUCUGUGACAUCCGUGGGCUGGUCAGAGCGGGGAAACUUGGUGGCCGUUGGUACUCACAAGGGCUUUGUACAGAUCUGGGACGCAGCUGCAGGAAAGAAGCUCUCCAUGCUGGAGGGACACACAGCCAGAGUUGGUGCCUUGGCGUGGAAUGCAGACCAGCUCUCGUCCGGGAGCCGGGACAGGAUGAUCCUGCAGAGGGACAUCCGCACCCCACCCCUGCAGUCUGAGCGGCGGCUCCAGGGACACAGGCAGGAGGUCUGUGGGCUCAAAUGGUCCACAGACCACCAGCUCCUGGCCUCUGGAGGGAACGAUAAUAAGCUCCUUGUCUGGAAUCACUCCAGUCUGAGUCCUGUCCAACAAUACACAGAGCACCUGGCAGCAGUCAAAGCCAUUGCCUGGUCCCCACACCAGCAUGGGCUCCUGGCCUCAGGUGGGGGCACAGCUGACCGCUGCAUCCGCUUCUGGAACACGCUCACGGGGCAGCCCCUGCAGUGCAUCGACACCGGGUCCCAGGUGUGCAACCUGGCCUGGUCCAAACACGCCAACGAGCUGGUGAGCACCCAUGGAUACUCCCAGAACCAGAUCCUCGUCUGGAAAUACCCCUCGUUAACUCAAGUAGCAAAGCUCACAGGGCACUCUUAUAGAGUCCUGUAUCUGGCAAUGUCCCCUGAUGGGGAGGCCAUUGUCACAGGAGCUGGAGACGAAACCUUGCGCUUCUGGAACGUCUUCAGUAAAACUCGCUCGACAAAGGAGUCUGUAUCUGUGCUCAACCUCUUCACCAGGAUACGAUAAACCCCAUCCCUGUGCCCCAGAAACCUACAACCUGACAUUCCAGGAUCAGACCACUCCCUCGGCCUGCAU